AUGAAGUUUCCCUCCACCGCCGACGGCGACGACGGCGACCCGGGUGAUGUCAUCAUCCCGGGCGACUUACCCGACUUUAUCAACAACCUCCCGGAUGAGUGCUUGGCCUGUGUCUUCCAGUGCUUGAGCUCCGGCGACCGGAAAAACUGCUCGUUGGUUUGUCGGCGUUGGCUUCUCGUCGAGGGACAGAGCCGCCACCGUCUGUCCCUCAACGCCCAGUGGGAGCUUUCUGGGUUCAUCUCCUCGAUCUUCACGCGAUUCGAUGCUGUGACCAAGCUCGCCUUGAAAUGCGACCGUAGAUCUGCCAGCAUAAGUGACGACGCGCUCGUUUUGAUCUCUCUGAGGUGCCGCAAGCUCACGCGAUUGAAGCUUCGUGCCUGCCGGGAGCUCACUGAUGCCGGGAUUGGCGAAUUCUCCAAGAACUGUAAGAAUCUGAAGAAACUCUCUUGUGGGUCCUGCAAUUUUGGGGCUAAAGGGAUGAACUUUGUGUUGAACAAUUGUCCUGCACUUGAGGAAUUAUCAAUCAAACGCUUGCGCGGCAUCACCGACGGGGCGGCGGCGGAGCCGAUCGGCCCUGGAGCGGCUGCGUCCUCCUUAAGGGUUAUUUGUUUGAAGGAGCUUUAUAAUGGCCAGUGUUUUGGUCCCUUAAUCAUCGGAGCUAAGAAUUUGAGAACCUUAAAGCUGUUCAGGUGCUCUGGGGAUUGGGAUAAGCUUCUUGAAGUGAUUGCUGAUCGGGUGACUGGGUUGGUGGAGGUCCAUUUAGAGAGGCUCCAGGUGAGUGAUCCUGGACUUGUUGCACUUUCAAAUUGUCUGAACCUUGAAAUUUUGCAUUUGGUUAAAACUCCUGAAUGUACAAAUGAUGGGCUCAAGUCUAUAUCUGAACAUUGUAAGCUUUUAAGGAAACUUCAUAUUGAUGGGUGGAAAACUAAUAGGAUAAGUGACGAAGGGUUGAUUGCUGUAGCAAAGAAUUGUCCCAAUUUGCAAGAAUUAGUGCUCAUUGGUGUCAACCCCACUAAAGUUAGUUUAGAGAAAUUGGCAACAGGUUGCCAAAAAUUGGAGAGAUUAGCCUUGUGUGGGAGUGAGACUGUUGGCGAUGAGGAGAUUUCUUGUAUUGCUCGAAAUUGUGUUGCAUUGAGGAAGCUUUGUAUAAAGAGUUGUCCUGUGUCAGAUCAUGGUAUGGAAGCAUUAGCUGGUGGAUGUCCUAAUUUGGUCAAAGUGAAGGUUAAGAAGUGCAGGGCGGUGACUUCUGAGGGCGCAGAAUGGUUGAGGGCCACUAGAGAAUCACUUGCUGUUAAUUUGGAUGCCCCUGAACCAGAAAAUUUGGAUGCCAGUGCUAGCGAUAGUGGUGCCCAGGAAGGUGUUCACGAGAAUCUACGAGUUGCAGGCCGUAAUGAGAGGCCUAAUAUUGCAUCUGGUAGGUCAACAUCUUUCAAGGCAAGAUUAUUGACUGGGAGAUCACUAGUUGCUUGCACGUUCAGAAGAUGGUCAAGCUUUGGUGGUAGCUCACGAAACAAUUAG